AUGCGACCUUUUACUCCCUCGACCAGAAAAUUAUCUGGUCCCGCUCUUAAGAACUCGACGCCUGUCCGCUCCAUCCUCAAGCCGGCGUCUAUAUUGGGGAGGAGAAAGGCUGAGGAUGCUGGACUCAGCGACUCGACCGAAGCACCUGAGACUCCUACAAAACGCCGCAAAGUCUUGUUUGACGACAUCCGAAACGUAACGUACGAAGUUGGGAGGAGGACCAUGGACGAUGUGAAGCUCGAAGUCAGGACGGCCCUUGAGGAGCACCUGAGAGGUAACGAUGGUCAGUAUGACACACUAAAGCAACUCUUCGCCAGCGACAAGCAGCGAUACCUGCCACCUGUUGUUGGCGAGGAAGAUGAUACUCUGAAGCCCCAUGAGCUGCAAGUCUACGUUAUGGCUCUUACUGCAUGUGUCCCCAUACUCAAAAACAAGGCUUGCAACGGCCUCGUAAGGACCAUCUUGAAUUGCUCUUGGCUUGGACGAGAUGAUGCUUUCGUCAAAGUCUUUACCCAUUUCUUGGCCGCUCUGGUCAGUGCCCAGGGAUCUUAUCUGUCACACGUUCUGGGCAUGAUGGUGGAGAAAUUCUCCGACAGCCGAUCAGCUGUGUGGAGCGUCCCAGACUUCCCUGAGAUCGGCCGCGAGGCCAUGCGCGAUAGAUUGCACCGCACCAUACAGUAUAUGCUCCAGAUGUUCCCAUCCGCUGUCCCUGUGCUAGAGGGCCUUCUCGGCUCCAAGUUCCCGUUCCUCGACCAAUCCAUGCGUGUUCACAUAGCGUACAUCAACAACCUACUCCGCAUCAAGGACUAUGUACCUGCCCUACGCGACGAGGUUCUGGACAUUAUCCUCAACCGAGUUGUCAAGAUCGACUCCCAGAUGCAAGUCGACCUGGAGGAUUUGGACGAUGAUGUGACUGCCGCUGUCAUGUACGCGCUCCGAGGCCAUUCGGAUGGCGACGAGUGGGAAAACGACGCCAACGACGAUGAUGACGAUAGCGACGCAGAAUCGGUCGAUAGUGACGAUCCCGAUUUUGAUCAAGAUGCCGCCAGAAUCAAGUCAAUCAAGGGAAGCGUCGAAAAGAUGGACGCCGUUCUGGACACACUUUUCCGUGUAUACACGCCUCACUUUACCAACCCGGGCUCGGAUACCGCGUUCGACAUGUUUACCGUCCUACUACGAGAGUUCGACCACAUGGUGUUGCCCACCUACAAAUCUCGACACACACAGUUUCUCAUCUUCCACUUUGCCCAGAUGCAUGAGCGGCUUACAGAUGCAUUCUGCGGUCAGCUUAUCGCCACCGCUUUCCAGGGCAACACACCAAACGUGCUCAAACAGGCGGCUGCUGCAUACCUUGCCAGUUUUGUAGCUCGUGGAGCACAUCUACCAGGAAGCCUCAUUCGCAGUAUCUUUGGACUCCUACUGCAUCAUCUGGAGCAGUACCGUAAGAAGUUCGAACCCUUGUGCCGAGGACCUGACCUCAAGCGAUUCCACCCCUACUACAGCCUUGUACAGGCGACCCUCUACAUCUUCUGUUUCCGCUGGCAAGACCUGAUUGUAGGGAUGCCGGAGUUCGUGGACCCCGAAGACCCUGCAUCGUACAUUGGUCAAGAAAUGGAGUGGAUGGGAACAUGCAGGAAGGAUCUCUCUGUGCAGAUUUUCGGCAAGCUUAACCCUCUCAAGGUCUGCGCGCCUGUCAUUGUCGAGGAGUUUGCCAAGCUGUCACAUCGCCUCAACUUCAUGUAUGUCUAUCCGUUGGUGGAGAGCAACAAACGCGUUCGCUUGACACAAUACCUUUCGGCAACCUACUCAACAGGCGGCGCCCUCCGAGACGCUGGGUACGAAAUGCAAGACGAGAGCUUUCACCAGCUGGAUCCAUACUUCCCGUUCGAUCCGUACCAGCUGCCGGUCAGUAAGCGGUGGCUUGAGAACGACUAUGUGAAUUGGAAGGCAAUUCAAGGAUUGAAUGCGGAGGAUGAGGACGACAGUGACGACCUUGACGAUGACCUCGACGAGGACGAGAUCGAAGAAAGGACCGCGACAGACAGCGAAAGCGACGACGAGUAG